GAGGGGCCACAAAAUCUACAGAGCAUGUCUGGGUUAGUUAAUCAGAGGUCAUUAAAAGUUACAAUAUGGUUUCUUUGCUACAACAUGGCUUCCCUUAUGUCAACCUUGUAUUGAGCCUGUAUCAUCAGCACCACCUCCUUUCUAACGUUUUUUUGUGCCCGAAGUAUUUUACUCACCUGCCGUAGCACCACAUUCCCGAGAGCGCACUGAAUGGCCAAGGUGCGGAAAAUCAAAAUCCCAACACCCAGUAACACAGUGCCCAUGCAAAGCAAGAACCAGAAGUGCCGGCCUAUCAAAACCAUCCCAGAAAUAACACACAACAAGGCUGCAGGGGAGGAAAAACUUUACCUGUAUCCAUCUUAAAAGUUCUCAGCUGGGGCUCCUGAGUAAAAAAACAGAUUAACAGGAGAAAUACAAUUUAUUAACCUAUGUUUGCAUGUCAUAUGGGAGAAACGCUAAGAAGAGUAACUCAAAACGAUGGCUUACAACUCCAGGUUAUAUUGCAACUUCAACAAAGGAACAAUAAAUUUGUAGAGAAAUGAUACAGUAAAGAAAAGCAGUUUUAGGUUUCCAAAGGUGACAAACCGUGGGAGGAAGCUAAUGGACUAACAUUUAUUUGCAGAUUCCUUAGGUGCCACCCACAAGCUAAAGAGUCUAGAGUUGUCUCUGAUGCGGGCUCGGCGAGCUGAGGAGUGGAAAGAAAGAUUUCUUGGACUCUCAAGGUCUAGCAGUAGUGCUCUUUUAUUCAGAGAAUAGCCUGGAGUAGCAUGGGGACAGGACCCAUGGGUACUGAAGAGCUGUAGGCAUGGGGACAGAACCCAUGGGCAGUGAAGAGCUGCAGACUUGGGUUGAGGGUAGGACUAAAUUUAAGGCAUAGGCAUGCGAGUUAUCUCUUUAAAAGACAAUGGAAAGAUUAUGUAAAAAAGUCAUUAAAAUGGUAUCAGUGCCCGUGGGGUCUUGUUAUUGGGUGGUCCUAUAACUUUAGAUAAGGAUCAGGUCAGGACAUCUUAUGCUUCCCAGAGGAUGAUAUAGAUCGGUAUGUAGGGCAGGUCACCUUGGGCUUCUCUUCCUGGGGCAGCCUUGAUCCUCAUCGGUCUCCAGUAAAGGAGAAUUUAUAUCCUGCCUUUAGUCAAAAGUGGAGGAGGGUACAGAGAGCUUUUCCUGCCUUUGACACUUCUGUGGGGGAUCAGACUUGGCCACCCCAAAAUGUCUCUUUGACUGGAUUAUUUUCAAGAACAAAAGACUGAAAGAAACUUUGACCUCCCCCACAACUGCCUAAAAGAAUUUAAAAUAGAAUGGCCUGCUCCAGGAAGGAGUUAAUACCGUAACUGUAAUGUCAUGUACAACGUGUCUCUCAUGUCACAUUGUCUGAAGUUGGCUUAUUUACAUUUCCAUCUCCGUGUGAAUUGCCUUCCUCCCCUUUGAAGCUCCAAACCACUCAGCCCAACACCCUCCCCUCUCUUCAGCUGAAGACAGUAUUUAAGGGAACAGCCUCUGCCAUUCUGGCAAGUUACUCAGCUUUCCUGGGUUUCUCCCACAUAGACAUGUUAUAAAGCUUUGAUUUUUUCCUGUUAUUUUGUCUCAUGUCAAUUUAAACCGUAGCCCAGCCAGAAGGACUUAGUUUGUGUAGAGGAAUUGUCUUUCUCCUCUACACUUCUAAAUUGCCUUCAGCUCAGAAUUUUUGUCAGAGGCAUAUUUCGCGGUGACAUAUCUGGUUUCCUUCAAGGCACAGCCACCUUCACAGAUACAAUCUCAGCCACUUUACAAAGGAAGCCACAAACCAGAGACCCCUGAUCCUGGCGUCAGAGUCGGACAUAAUCCCCCUCAACCUUCUCUCUGGCGCCACCCCAGUCCCGCACCCAGAGAAUGGCACACAGGCAGCAAACAGCUCCACGCACGGAAACACGAGCCCGGACGCCAUCACACACUGGCACACGGGGCAUCACGCCAGGUCCUCAGCAAACGCCACACAGACCACGCUCGCGGCACUGGGGUAUCACGGGGCCACGGUCACAAGCUUAAAGAUCCGGACACCAGGGCCAACCCGGGCUCCCGGCUCCAACCUCUUCCUACAGGCCCUGCUUUCCCCUCCCCACCGCCCAGCCUUCCGCGGACACGGCCCCCAGCGCCCCCUCCGCCCGCUGAAGAGCCGGGGGCUCGCCUCCGAUCCGCGCGCCUGCGCACUCCGGGCAGAAAGAGCAACUCCCAGGAGCCUCAGUGCUCGGCUUCUGGGGGCGGGGCUCGCUGCCUAAACGCAGAGCUAAGAACCCAAUGAGAAAGUCGCAUACACAGCUGUUGUGAUUUUGGACUAUAGUUCCAACAGAGGAGCAGGCCCGGAUUGUCCUCGAUAGCACCGGUCACUCACGGGGUCGCCUUCGCAGGCCUCAGGAACUGGACACCUCCCGGCCCUUCCGGAACCCUGCGUCUCUGCUCGGUGGGCCGGCCGGAAUCAGGCCCCACCGCCCCUCAGAGCCCUUCCAGAGGGGCCGAGGCACUUGCCCCCGCCCCCUGCACGCCUGCGUACUCGGGACCGCGGCGGGCGCUCUCCGGAACCCCGGCGCCGCGGACCUUAGGAGUGGGGUGCGGUCUUCGGAGCAAGGCGCGGUCUGAGUGCGCGCCGCCGGUCUGCGGAGAAGGCCGUUGAAGGGAAGCGAGUCGCCGCUGCGCCUCUGAAGGCCGCGUCCUCUCUCUGGCUUCUGUGGACUCUGUUUCUCCAGUAAAUGACUCGAGGAAAACUGACCAAUUCUUAUAACUCUAAAAUCAUGGCUCACGGUUUGGUGAUGUUCAGAGAUGUAGCUGUAGACUUUUCUCAGGAAGAGUGGGAAUGCCUGAAACCGUAUCAGAGGAAUUUGUACAGAGAUGUGAUAUUAGAGAACUAUAACAACUUGGUGUCACUGGCAGGAUGGUCCAGUUCUAAGCCAGAUGUGAUUACCCUCUUAGAGCAAGGGAAAGAACCCUGGAUGGUUCUGAGGGAUGAGGAGAAAAGAUGGAGUCUAGAUUUGGACUCCAAAUAUGACACUAAAAAGUGUGAAAUGAAUUUAUCUCAGUGGGACAUAAUGGAAAGAAUUCGAAGUUGCGGCCUUAAAGACUCCUUUUUCAGAAAGGAUUGUGAAUAUAGAAAGUUUGAGGGACAAGAGAGUCCUCAAAAGGGAUAUUUCAGGCAAGUGAAAAAAACCAACUCUGAAAAAAUGCCCACUUACAGAAAACUCACAUCACUUACUUUAUAUCAGAGAAUUCAUAAUAAAGAGAAACCCCAUGAAUGUGGGGACUGUGGGAAGGCUUUUAGAGUACGCCAACAACUUACUUUCCAUCAGAGAAUUCAUACUGGUGAGAAACCGUAUGAAUGUAAAGAUUGUGGAAAAGCCUUUAGACAGUGUGCCCACCUUAGUCGACAUCAGAGAAUUCAUACUUCUGACAAACUCCUUGAAUGUAAAAAAUGUGGAAAGAUCUUUACAUGUGGCGCAGAUCUUCGUGUACAUCAGAGAAUUCAUGUAGGUGAGAAGCCCUAUGGAUGUAAGGAAUGUGGGAAGGCCUUUAGAGUGCGAGGACAACUUAAUCUCCAUCAAAGGAUUCAUACUGGUGAGAAACCCUACGAAUGUAAGGAAUGUGGGAAGACCUUUAGACAGUAUGCACACCUUACUCGACAUCAGAGACUUAAUAUUGCCGAGAAGUGCUAUGAAUGUAAGGAAUGUGGGCAGGCUUUUCUGUGUAGUACAGGCCUUAGAGUACAUCACAAACUUCAUACUGGUGAAAAACCCUAUGAAUGUAAGGAAUGUGGGAAGGCCUUUAGAGUGCGGCAACAACUUACUCUCCAUCAGAGAAUUCAUACUGGUGAGAAACCCUAUGAUUGUAAGGAAUGUGGGAAGACCUUUAGUCGUGGCUAUCAUCUAACUCUCCAUCAGAGAAUUCAUACUGGUGAGAAACCUUAUGAAUGUAAGGAAUGUCAGAAGUUCUUUCGGCGUUACUCAGAACUUAUUUCACAUAAGGGUAUUCAUAUUGGAGAGAAACCCUAUGAUUGUAAGGAAUGUGGGAAGGCCUUUAGAUUGUUCUCACAACUUACUCAACAUCAGAGUAUUCAUUUUGGUGAGAAACCUUAUAAAUGUAAGGAAUGUGAGAAGACUUUUAGGCUAUUCUCACAACUUACUCAACAUCAGAGUAUUCAUACUGGUGAGAAACCCUAUGACUGUAAGGAAUGUGGAAAGGCCUUUAGACUUCAUUCAUCACUUAUUCAGCAUCAGAGAAUUCAUUCUGGUGAAAAACCAUACACAUGUAAGGAAUGUCAGAAGGCCUUUAGACAACAUUCACACCUUACUUACCAUCAACGAGUUCAUAAUGUAACUAAAAGAGGCCACCGCGUCCCUGCGCCAUUUCGUACCCUUACUCCGUUACGCUCGCUGCAAGCAUCCAGUCUGCAGCGGCCAGGUGAGUGGACGGCCUCACUGGGAGCCGCACCUGCAUUUGGGUUGGAGAAUCCAGCAAGAAGUUCCCAUAUGGUGCUGGGAAUAGCGGUGUCCCGGCUGGGGCUCGGUGCUGACAGGGGUCCGGAGGAUCCCGGCUCUGCACUGCAUUUCUCCAGAUUAAUUCCUCACGGAAGUCGGCCUUGCCGCUGCGGAGUGGCUGUGCCCUUCGCCGCUGGCAAAAUUGGCACCGUCACUUCGGUGUCGAGCGGCGGGGAGGUGGAGCUCUAUGUGUGUUCCUCCGCACCGGAAGCCCCUGCCGUCUCUGGACUCUGUACAUCUCCAGGAGAGGAACCCAGAGAAUUGAUCAGUUCUGACAGUUCUAAAAACCAUGCCCCACACUUGGAAUCCAGUUGUGGGACCAAAAAGUCAUCUCCAGAAAAAGGAACUUAUGAAACGGAAUCACUGCAGUGGAAUUAUAUGAGGAAACCUGUCAGCCAUAACCUUAAGCACCAUGAUCUUGGAGAUAAUAUGGAGUGCAAAGACAAGUUUGAGGGUCAACAGAGAAGUCAGGAAGGACUUUACAUGCACAUGAAAAUCACCUGUGAAGAAAAGCCCACUCAAAGCCAUUCCACAUCCCUUACUCUUCAUCAGAUAAAUCCUACCAAGGAAAAGUUGUACAAACGUAAGGAAGGUAAACAAGCUUUCAGCUACCUGCCAUGCCUUAUUCAACAUGAGAAAAGUCAUAAUAAAGAGAAACACUCUGAAGUUAAGAAGCGUAGGAAGACCUUCAGCAAAAAACUAACCUAUAGUCAACAUGAGAGGAUUCAGAAUGAUGAGAAACCUUAUGAGUGUGUGGAAUGUGGGAAAGCCUUUGGUCGGAGUUCUGAUCUGAUUCAACAUCAGAAAAUUCACACUGAUGAAAAACCUUAUCAGUGCAAAGCAUGUGGGAAGGCCUUUAUUCGUGGUUCACAGCUCACUGAACAUCAGAGAGUUCAUACAGGAGAGAAACCAUAUGAAUGUGAGAAAUGUGGAAAAGCCUUUAGUUAUUGUUCACAAUACACUCUCCAUCAGAGAAUUCAUAGUGGUGAAAAACCCUAUGAAUGCAAGGAAUGUGGGAAGGCCUUUAUUCUUGGCUCCCAACUUACUUACCAUGAGAGAAUUCAUAGUGGCGAGAAACCUUAUGAGUGUAAGGAAUGUGGAAAGGCCUUUAUUCUUGGUUCACACCUUACCUAUCAUCAAAGAGUUCACACUGGUGAAAAGCCUUACAGAUGUAAAGAAUGUGGGAAGGCCUUUUUAUGUGCCUCCCAACUUAAUGAACAUCAGAGAAUUCAUACAGGUGAGAAACCCUAUGAAUGUAAAGAAUGUGGGAAGGCCUUUUUCCGUGGCUCACAACUUACUUACCAUCUGAGAGUUCAUACAGGUGAGAGACCCUAUAAAUGCAAAGCAUGUGGGAAAGCCUUUAUUUCCAAUUCUAAUCUUACUCAACAUCAGAGAAUUCAUACAGGUGAGAAACCCUACAAAUGUAAAGAAUGUGAGAAGGCCUUUGUCUGUGGCAAACAACUUAGUGAACAUCAGAGAAUUCAUACAGGUGAGAAACCUUUUGAAUGUAAGGAAUGUGGAAAGACCUUUAUUCGUGGUGCCUAUCUUACUCAACACGAGAAAAUUCAUGGUGAAAAGCAUUAUGAAUGUAAGGAAUGUGGGAAGACCUUUUUUCGUGCCACACAACUUACAUAUCAUCAGAGAAUUCAUACAGGUGAAAAACCCUACAAAUGUAAGGAAUGUGACAAGGCUUUUAUUUAUGGCUCACAACUUAGUGAACACCGGAGAAUUCAUAAAGGUGAAAAGCCCUAUGAAUGUAAACAAUGUGGGAAGGCCUUUAUUCGUGGCUCACACCUUACUGAACAUCUAAGAACUCAUACUGGUGAGAAACCCUAUGAGUGUAAGGAGUGUGGGAAGGCCUUUAGUCGUGGCUCAGAACUUACUCUACAUCAAAGGAUCCAUACUGGUGAGAAACCCUAUGCAUGUGUCCACUGUGGUAAAGACUUUAGACGUCAUUCACAACUCACUCAACACAUGAGGCUUCAUAAUUGAGAAAGCCUUGAAUAUGAUUUAAGAUAGGAAACUUUCACCCGUCUUCAACAGCUCUGGAAUAUUAGAGAACAUGUUAUAUUGUGUUUGUAAUGAAUGUAGAACAUCCUCUUGCUUGUGCUCAAAAUCAACUCAUUUUUAGAAAGCCUGUAUUAAUGAAGGUAGAAAUGACCUCUGGAACCCAGUAAACAUUUUUUAAAAAAUCUUUAUAAUCCUGGAAUGUAAUGCUGAAUUAUAUGCUUUAUUGAGCACCAUCUCUAUUUCACCAUUUCUUAACUGUGAAAUUAGAUAACUUACUUAAGCUCUCUGUGCCUCAGUUUCUUUAUGUGUUAAAUACUGUAUUAUAUGUGUACUAUAUAAUAUGUAUUAAAUGUAUAUAAUGAUUAAAUUAUAAAUGAUUAAAUACAUGUAACUCCCUUUGGACAGUA